GGAAUAGGCAAUUCUCGCCCCUCAGAGUUAUAUUGUCGUUUCUUCGUCCGUGGUCGUCCUUCGGACAAGCUCUCUGAGGCGCCGACCUCCCUAUGGCCCAUAUACCCUUACUACUUUUACAUUGAGCUUGUGCAUUAAAACUUCCGUUCAACGUGAGCUUCUGCUAAAGACCGGUUCAACAAAGCCGUAUACACUUGCGCACAAACUCCUCUCGCCAAAAACUAACAUGAUUGAGCCCGAUUCCCCCUUGCGGUCCAUGCCCUUUACGCAGACUUGUGGCUGGCCAGUACAACCAGAGUACAGCACUCAAAUAUCGAAUAACUAUGGAGACACCCAUGUGCCGACGUCGCCUCGCAGAGUACUCGGCGAGGACAACGCCGGUGAUGAAGGAACUACCAGACUGGACCCCAGCAGGAAACCCGACCCCGAAGUACAGAACAGCAAGUUUGGCUUCUCACCUGACCAGCUGAAUAAACUCUUGAACCCCAAGAAUUUGGAAGCUUUCCGCACUGUUGGGGGACUGCGCGGGCUGGAAAAAGGGCUGCGAACCGACGUGCGGAGCGGUUUGAGCAUGGAUGAGACAGUGUUGGACGGUACGGUGAGUGUUGACGAGAUGGUCCCACGGGCCUUCGUGCGUCCAACCAGGUCAGCCUCUUCAGUGGCAUCACCGCAUGAUGCCACUGUGGAUGCUCCGGCAAUCAAGCAGGCAGAGGACCGAUUUGCGGACCGGCGGCGAGUGUUUGGAACCAACAAGCUUCCCGAGAAGCAGCUCAAAUCCAUUUGGGAGUUCGUGUGGAUCGCGUACAAUGAUAAGGUGCUAAUCCUACUAUCAAUUGCUGCUGUUGUCUCCCUCGCCGUGGGCAUUCCCCAAUCUGUGAGAGGAACGGGCGUGGAAUGGGUGGAGGGUGCCGCGAUCAUCGUUGCGAUCAUCGUUGUUGUCACCGUCGGCGCUGCGAAUGAUUGGCAGAAGGAACGCCAGUUCGCGAAGCUUAACAAGAAGAAAGAGGAUCGAUAUGUCAAGGUCAUCCGAUCCGGUAAGAUAGCGGUUGUGUCGACUUAUGAUAUUGUUGUAGGGGACGUGGUGUACUUGGAACCGGGCGAUGUGCUCCCAACCGAUGGGGUCCUGAUUAACGGACAUGACGUCAAAUGUGACGAGUCUUCAGUAACGGGCGAGUCAGAUCUCCUUCGGAAAACUCCCAGCGACAAAGUCUAUUGGGCUAUUGAACAGAACACAGACCUGAAGAAGAUGGAUCCCUUCAUCAUGUCGGGGUCCAAGGUUGAAGAGGGGACGGGCACUUUUCUGGUCACUGCUAUCGCAGCCCACACAACGUACGGCCGGACGAUGAUGUCUCUCCAGGAUGAGGGCGAGACUACCCCGUUGCAAAUCAAGCUAAACGUGCUGGCAGACUAUAUUGCCAAGGUCGGCCUUACUGCAGGCCUGGUACUGUUCGUCGUGUUGUUCAUCAAGUUUCUGGUCCGCCUCAAGGACAUUCAGGGUGGUCCGGAGGCGAAAGGUCAAGCCUUUCUCCGAAUAUUUAUCGUAGCCGUCACCGUUGUUGUUGUAGCAGUGCCAGAGGGCCUGCCGUUAGCGGUCACGCUCGCUCUCGCCUUUGCAACAACAAGGAUGAUCCAGGACAACAACCUCGUGCGCUUGCUCCGGGCAUGUGAAACCAUGGGGAAUGCCACGGCUAUAUGCUCCGAUAAGACUGGCACGCUCACCGAGAACAAGAUGAGUGUCGUGGCUGCUACUCUAGGCACCACGUCAACAUUUGGGGACCAACUGCCUUCGAAUGAUGCGACCAAUGCACCGGAUCGAGGGAGCCUCUCAGCUUUGGAGUUUAUAUCCAUGCUUUCUAUAUCGGCGAAAAACCACUUACUCCAAUCAAUCGUGCUCAACUCAACUGCGUUUGAGAGUGACCAUGACGGAGUGGGCAAGUUUAUUGGAUCUAAGACGGAGACGGCCUUGCUGUCAUUCGCGCGAGAGCAGCUUGGGCUUGGGCCAGUGGGCGAGGCUAGAGCAAACACGAAGAUUGUGCAAAUGUUCCCGUUCGAUUCGAGCCGAAAAUGCAUGGCGGUGGUCGUCCAGUUGGAUAACGGAAAGUAUCGGAUGCUGGUUAAAGGUGCCGCAGAAAUCUUACUCCGCCAAUCGACGCAGAUAGUGCAGGAUCCAACUAAUGGUCUGGCGGAGUCACCGCUCUCCGAGGAGAAAAGGGCUGCGCUAGAUGCCAUUAUCACCAACUACGCGUCUCGCUCUCUGAGAUGUAUCGCUCUUGUGCACCGGGACUUCGAAAAUUGGCCGCCUCAUGGGACACCGACGGACGAAAUCGACUGCGAAAGGGCGGUCUUUGAGCCAAUCUUCAAAGACAUGACGAUUAUAGGCAUCUUCGGCAUCCAAGACCCCGUCCGCCAAGGAGUCGCUGACGCCGUCCAGCAGUGUCAGCGGGCCGGCGUUCUUGUCAGGAUGGUAACUGGCGACAACAUUGUCACCGCCAAGGCCAUCGCCCAGCAAUGCAAUAUCUACACGCCUGGUGGUGUCGCCAUCGAAGGGCCCAAAUUCCGCCAGUUAAGCUCUCAUCAGAUGAAUGAGCUAAUCCCAAGUCUACAAGUCAUCGCGCGGUCAAGCCCAGAGGACAAGAAGAUUUUGGUCAGCCAGCUCAGGAAACUGGGGGAGACCGUCGCCGUGACUGGAGAUGGAACGAAUGAUGCGCAGGCACUUAAGACUGCCGAUGUUGGCUUCGCAAUGGGCAUCACAGGCACCGAAGUUGCCAAAGAGGCCUCAGAUAUCAUCCUGAUGGACGACAAGUUUGCAUCUAUUGUCAAGGCGAUAGCCUGGGGACGCACAGUUAAUGACGCCAUCAAAAAGUUCCUUCAAGUAAGAUCAAUAUAACCUGGCCCAAGACAAAAAGCUCAUUGACUGUUCAGUUCCAAAUAACUGUCAACAUCACUGCUGUUGUUCUCACCUUUGUUUCGGCCGUUGCCAGCAAUGACGAAGAUUC